AUGCUCCCGCUGCUCCUCCUGCUGCUGGCCACGGCCCACGGCCUGCAGGAGCUCACGUACGAGCCGACCCUCACCCAGUGGAACCUGGGCGGCCGGAUCACCGGCAGCACCUUCGUGCUGGAACAGCCCCGCUGCGCCUUCGACAACAGCACGAUGCAAACAACCACCAGCAUCUGGCUGGUGGUGGCCGACGCCGCGGCCUCCGUGAGCUUCACCAACAGCGUGCAGCCGGGGAUGCCCGAGUGGGCUUUCCAGAGCUUCCCCGCCAACACCUCCGCCUACCUGACGCUCAACGCCACCCUCCUCAACUACCCCUGCCCCAAAGACCCCAAGGAGAUCACGGUGCUGCGCGUGGGCAGUGAGACCAGCUGUGCCAAAGACACGUCCAGACCCACCUGUAACGGCCCCCUGCCCAGCCCCGGGACCUACAAGUGAGCCUGGGUGAAGUUCCUCGCCCUGAACGGCUUCGAGCCCGUGGCUGAGACGAAGUGGUCGAAGCCCAUCGAACUGAAGACAGCCCAGCAGCCCCCGAGCGGCCCUGGUGCAGGCGGCAAGCGCAGCGCCGACAUGAUCGCCAUCACCUCCAUCCUCUCCAUCCUCCUCGCCGUCCUGCUGGCCGGCAUGGUGGCCAUGCUGGCCUUCUGCGGCUCCGACCCCUGCGGCCGCGGCGGCAUCUUCAAGCCGGAGGUGGCGUCCGUGCGGCGCUACACCACCCACCACGUCUACGACCAGCCGGCCGCACGCCUCUGAGCCCUGCCACCGGCCGGGACCGGAGGGGACACCG